CAAAAUGAAUCGAGUGUUUUUGAUAUGCAUUACCAUUUGCAUUUGUGUUGAAUUAAACGACCAAUUAUUUUAUAAAAAUUCAUUUGUGUUAUUGCCGUCCGUGUCCUUUAUACGGUUAGCGUUUGCAUUAAAGCCUUCAAAUGAAGUUGUGGAUACGACAUUAUCCUCUGCACAUCACAUUAUUUCUGAAAAGACCCUCUCCAAAUCAGUGGCAGUUAAUCCAGCAGCGGUGGCCAAUAGCGAUACACGCAACUUGAACAUUCACCACAGCACCAAUAACCGCAAUACGAGCCAUGGCAAAAAGGAUGAAAUAAAGAUUCUCAUUGGCUUUCUGGCCGAUUUCUCGCAAAUGCGUGUGACGCUGGGUGCCCUACCUCUCGCUGUCGAGGACAUCAAUAAACAUUCGAAAUCACUGGGUGGCAUAAGUUUCUCCUUCAAAGCAUACGAUAUAGGAGGCCAAAAGUCAAGUGAUCAUCGUGUUCAACCAAUAAGAGUUAUGACACAAAUGAAAAAUGAAAAUGUUGCUGCUUUUAUUGGUCCUGAUGAGAGGUGCACCACAGAAGCUUUGGUGGCAGCAGCCUGGAAUAUCCCAAUGAUAUCCUUCAAAUGUGCGGAUUCCACAGUGUCUGGUAAAGAAACUUUCCAUACAUUCGCCAGAACUUUGGCACCAGCAUCGAAGGUUUCCAAAAGCGUUAUAAGUCUCCUGAGUGCAUUUCAUUGGCAAAAAUUUGCCAUUGUCGUCAGCUCGAAGCCAGUCUGGGGUGCGGGUGUAGCAACUGCCAUUCAGGAACUGGCGGAAAGUGAAAAUUUCACCAUCACACAUUUUCGAAAGAUAUCAGAUUACGUGCCUAUCGAAAACACAUUAACAAAAAUGCAAAAAAUCAUCGAUGAAACGUACACCACAACACGCAUUUAUGUCUUCAUCGGCGAACACAUUGCAAUGGUUGACUUUGUGCGUUGCAUGCAGAUGCGAAAGUUGCUGGACGAUGGGGACUACAUCAUAAUUUCCGUUGAUGACGAAAUCUAUGAUUCCAAAAGGCGUGUCAAUGUCAUGGAGAGAACCUAUUUGGAUCCAUACAUAAAAAAGGAAAAGAGUAAAUCAUUGGAUAAAAACUCAUUUCGCUCGGUGAUAAAAAUUAGCAUGACUUAUCCCCAGAAUCCGGAUAUACGUGAGAAAUGCACUAAAAUUAAGGAAUACUCACGUAAACAUCCAUUUUUGGUGCCUUAUCAUGAACGAAUUUUUGAAAAUAUUUCGGUACCAAUUUAUGCUCUACAUUUAUACGACAGUGUUCAGAUAUAUGCCAAAGCUAUCACUGAAAUUGUACAGGCGGGCGGCAAUAUCUAUGAUGGACGUCAGGUGAUGACUCGCAUAUUUAAUCGUUCUUAUCAUUCAAUACAGGGAUUCGAUGUUCAUAUUGACAGCAAUGGUGAUGCAGAGGGCAAUUAUUCUGUCAUCUCGUUGCAAAGUGAUUCAAACAGUUUGAACAAGGCCAACUCUCUUGCCAAAAUGUCGAUGCAGCCCGUUGGCUACUUUGUGUACAAAAAACAAUCAAGCACUCCGGAAUUUCGCUACAUUAAACCCGAUCGUCCAAUACAAUGGCUUAAAGGUAGACCACCUCUUUGCGAGCCAUUGUGUGGAUUUCACGGAGAACUUUGCAAGCGAAAGAAAUUGGAUUGGAGAUACAUGACUUCUGGCUCCUUUUUUGGAUUAUUCAUCGUUAUUGCUGCGAUAUUUCUCAUUAAGCAUUAUCGUUACGAACAGACAUUGGCUGGCUUAUUGUGGAAAAUCGAUAUGAAGGAUGUUACCAUCAUCAACAUGGAGAGUACUUGUGAUUUUAAUACUCUGAAAAGCAAAAAUAUUUAUCAGAUAUGCCGACAAAGUAUACUAACCGGAGGAGAUGCCAACAAGAAGGCAUUCACAAACAUUGGUUUGUAUCGAGGCACCAUUGUGGCAAUGAAAAGAGUUUACAAGAAAUCAGUCGAUAUAACUCGUUCCAUACGUAAAGAACUGAAGCAAAUGCGAGAGCUACGACAUGAGAAUAUCAUCAACUUCAUUGGAGUGUCAAUAGAUCAUGGAUCCGUCAUCAUUUUCACCACCUAUUGUGCCCGUGGCAGCCUCGAAGAUGUUUUGGCCAACGAAGAUUUGCACUUGGAUCACAUGUUCAUUUCAUCGCUGGUCAGUGAUAUACUGAAGGGCAUGAUUGCACUCCAUGACUCAGAAGUCAUAUGCCAUGGUAAUCUUAGAUCCAGCAAUUGUCUCAUCGAUUCACGCUGGGUUUGUCAAAUCUCCGACUUUGGCCUGCAUGAGUUUAAGUAUGGCCAGGAGGAACCCCACAAACGAGAUUUAGAGUUAAAACGUGCCUUGUGGAAAGCUCCCGAGCUCUUGAGAGAUGCAACAAUGCCAAUGCGAGGCACACAAAAAGGAGAUGUUUAUUCAUUUGGAAUUAUUUUGUAUGAAAUAAUUGGCCGCAAAGGACCAUGGGGCGAUACAUCCUAUUCCAAGGAGGAAAUCAUAGCUUUCGUUAAGCAACCAGAACUAUUACACCAUGGAGUAUUCCGUCCAUCGCUAUCACAACUGGAUAUACCUGAAUAUGUGCGACAAUGCCUUCGUUCUUGCUGGGAAGAAGAUCCAGAAUUACGUCCAGACAUUCGAUUAGUUCGCAUGAAACUUAAAGAGCUACAAGCAGGAUUGAAACCGAACAUAUUUGAUAACAUGCUGUCCAUAAUGGAGAAAUAUGCUUAUAAUUUAGAGGGUUUAGUACAAGAGCGCACCAACCAACUUUAUGAAGAGAAGAAAAAAACUGAUAUGUUGCUGUAUCAAAUGUUACCAAGAUCUGUGGCGGAAUCGUUGAAAAGAGGCGAACCCAUUGAGGCCGAAUGUUUUGACUGUGUUACCAUCCUUUUCAGCGACAUUGUGGGCUUCACCCAACUUUGCAGCACAAGUACGCCAUUCGAAGUGGUUGAUAUGUUGAAUGAUUUAUACACUUGUUGUGACUCCAUUAUAUCCAACUACGAUGUCUACAAGGUGGAAACUAUUGGCGAUGCUUACAUGGUUGUCUCUGGACUUCCAUUGCGAAAUGGAAAUCGGCAUGUGGGUGAAAUUGCUUCGUUGGCUUUACACCUUCUGGAAAAUGUGGCAAAUUUAAAAAUCCCCCAUAAGCCCAUGGACACAUUACAAUUGCGAAUUGGAAUACACUCUGGCCCAUGUGCAGCUGGCGUCGUUGGUCUAAAGAUGCCUCGUUACUGCCUUUUCGGUGACACCGUCAAUACAGCUUCCCGUAUGGAAAGCACAAGCGAGGCCAUGCGAAUUCACAUAUCCCAGGAGACGUAUCAAUUACUACAGACUGUGGGUGGUUACCAAUGCAUCGAGAGGGGUCUCAUUAACAUAAAGGGAAAAGGUGAUAUGCUUACGUAUUGGUUGCUUAAUAAACUACCGCAGCAACAUUCUACGAUGACGUGCAACGAUGCAACACCAGAUCUGAUUAGAGCCACGCCUGAUCCCACACCUGACAGCUAUGCCAGCAGCCUGAAUACCAUUCAUCCAAUGCUACUCAAUUCUAACUGUAUUCUCAAACACAAUUUGCCCACCAAUAAUUCCCAUCAGCAAGCACGUCUGCGUAACAUACGAAAUACCUACUGUAAUUGUGCCACUAAGUGUUUAUACAAUCGGCGUUCCGAUGAUAAUGUCUAUGUCGAAAUUCCUACAAGGAGCCAACAGGAGACUCCUUGCAACAGCAGUCAUUUAUGUGUCUGCCGCCUUAAUAACAGUGUCCUGCACACGACCAAUAAUCAACGGGGACCACGUUCAGCACCUGUAAUAACCUUUAGAUUAUAAGCAAAUCUGCCAAACGUAUUCACUUUACUAUUGGUUAAAUGUUUCAUCUUUCUUCCCUUCCCUAACCAUCUUCGUUUUCUGAUGCAAAUAUUUAGAAAAAUAUCACUCUCAUGGGGCAGGGUGUCCUUUAACGGUGUCUGUUAGUCCCAACAAAGUUUUUUGUUUAUAAUUGAAAUCAAAUGGGGAAAACUAAUAUUUUUCUCAUAAACUUGUGAGUAUAACAAAUUACGUUGAAAAAGUUUGUGCCCUUGUAAUGCAGGUAAUAACAACCCCAUGUAAAUUAAUUUUUCAAUAUAAAAAAUGUAUGACUUUGCCAUCUCAAA